UUUAUUGGAAACUAUUAUAUCAUUCACACAUCAGGAUGGGAUCAUGCUUUGAUUUUUCUGCGCACAAGUGUGUGAGUGUCUCCUCCUCGACCUCCCCCUCCUGACCUCUGCGAAACAGUCUGGACUCUUAAAGAGUCCACUAACUCUGAACCCUAAUUCAGCCAAGUGCUCCUCCACUAAUCUGACAUUAAUAAGAUGAGACUGUUGGAGACGCUCAGGAAACCGUGAAUGAAAUCUCUGAACGUAAACACCAGUGUUACAGACCCACAGUGAUGUGCAGUGGAGUGUUUGUACUGAGAGUUGAAUGCAGUUUAACGCGUUUAUUUCCCUGUUUUCAAAAGUAGCAGACAUGCAGUCGGUCUGCCGCGGUGGAUGCUGGGAAACAAGAUCAGGUAAGCUGCUCAGUGACGUAGACCGCAUGCAACACACCCAAGGAAGACACAGUUCGCUUUCAGAAUAAAAGCUAUAUUUAAUUAUCGUAACAUUCAGAGCACUACGAUUCAUUUAAUUACAGCCUUUUAAAUAGUUGGUAUUUGAAUUAUUGUAUGUGUUAGUAAUGACAAACUAAUAUAUGGUCUUCCAUUUGGCGUAAAUGAUGAUAAAAGGUUUGUUGGUUUUCACAUAAGGAGCUGUAAAUAAGAUGACGGCGAGAUCGCGAUCGGGACUUUAUUUUGAAAGCCGAACACGGAAGCCGUGGCUGGCCGUUGUUUGCUUGUUGCUAACCGUGAUGAUGAGCAGGUGGAUCCGUCACCGCCGCAACUUUCUUCUUCUCACUCUUUUACGGCUCAGAAAGUCUUAGAAACCGCUGUCGGAGGAAAUGUUCCGCGUCUCCUGAAGACGCCAGCUGUCGCAGCGAGAGUAGCGGCCGCGUUAGCAGCGACAUUAGCUCCCAGACGACAACAGACGGCGGACUUAGCAGUGUUGCAGCGAUGCUGUCGGCCGAGGAGAUCCUGUGCAGCACCCAGCAGGUGAUCGCCGGACUGGAGGCGCUGAAGGGUGAGAACCACAGCCUGCUGGAGAGCCUGCAGGGGGCGGCCCAGAACCAGCGGGUGGAGGAGUACGGCAGCGUGGAGCAGGAGAAGAGCGGCAUCAUCCGUGAGUCCCUGGAGAGGAUCGAGCUGGGGCUGAGCGAGGCUCAGGUGAUGAUGGCGCUGUCGGCUCAUCUGGGCUCACUGGAGGCCGAGAAACAAAAGCUGCGCGCUCAGGUGCGCCGCCUCUGUCAGGAGAACCAGUGGCUGCGGGACGAGCUAGCCGGGUCUCAGCAGCGGCUCCAGGACCGGGAGCAGGACGUGGUGACCCUGGAGGAGCAGAAUCGCCACCUUCAGUUCAUGUCCUCCAUCCGGAAAUACGACCAGGAGGAGGCGCCGGUGGACGAGAAGAACACGUCUGCAGCUAAGGAGUCACUGGACGACCUGUUUCCCACCGAAGACGAGGAGCAGUCGCAGAUGUCGCAGCAUCACCACAGCAGCGCAGCGGCUGCAGCUCAACAAGGCGGCUAUGAGAUCCCGGCUCGCCUGCGGACGCUGCACAACCUGGUCAUCCAGUACGCAUCCCAAGGUCGCUACGAGGUCGCGGUGCCGCUCUGCAAGCAGGCUCUGGAAGAUCUGGAGAAGUCCUCCGGCCACACCCACCCGGACGUGGCCACCAUGCUGAACAUCCUGGCGCUGGUGUACAGGGACCAGAACAAAUACAAAGAAGCUGCAAACCUGCUGAACGACGCGCUGGCCAUCCGGGAGAAGACGCUGGGGAAGGACCAUCCUGCUGUGGCCGCGACGCUCAACAAUCUGGCGGUGCUUUAUGGAAAAAGAGGGAAGUACAAGGAAGCAGAGCCGCUCUGUAAGAGAGCUCUGGAGAUCAGAGAGAAGGUGCUGGGCACAGACCACCCGGACGUGGCCAAGCAGCUGAACAAUCUGGCACUGCUGUGUCAGAACCAGGGGAAGUACCAGGAGGUGGAGCUCUACUACGAGAGGGCACUGCACAUCUACCAGAACAAGCUCGGACCCGACGACGCCAACGUGGCCAAGACCAAGAACAACCUGGCCUCUUGUUACCUCAAGCAGGGAAAGUACCGGCAGGCUGAGUCUCUGUACAAAGAGAUCCUGACACGAGCUCAUGAGAAGGAGUUCGGCUCUGUUGAAGGCGAAGGCCGGCCCAGCUGGCCCGCCGCACCGGAGGGAAGCUGCUCUCAGGACGGGUUGAAGCGCAGCGGCUCCUUCACCAAACUGAGAGAGUCCAUCCGCAGGAGCAGCGAGAAGCUGGUGCGCAAACUGAGGGGCACGGAGGAGAGCUCUCCACGGAGCGCCGGGAUGAAGCGAGCCAACUCGCUGAACAUGUUGAACGUGGGAGGAAGAGACGCUCAGGAUGGAGCUCAGCCGGGUCGUCUGUCGGACGUCCGGGGGCUAAGCUCCAGCACGCAGAGUCUGACCCGGCGGGGGUCUCUGGGUGGGACCAGCUAACAGACACACCGUUCCAAAAACCACUACACGUAGCUUGACUGUUACAAACGUGUCUCUAGCUACGACGACGUGCUGCCUGGCGGCUUCAAACGUCGUUCUCUUCCUGCUCACUUGAAUUCUUAAUCAUUCCAGGUGGUUUUAGCAAACUAACUCGAGAGUUGCGUGCGACAAUCACUCGACUUUUAGACCUUCAUUCCUUUUAAAACUUUUACAACGAGAGCAAUGCUUUUAAAGUGAAGCUCUGAAGCUCAGUUCAUGUUACUCAAGCAUCAAAUGUGCCUGAAGCUGCAGAACUGCGACUCACCAGCAGGAGUGAAAGUGUCUGAGCUCCCGACCACACUAGGUUCCUCUGGCCUGAAAGCUUGUUGUGGCUGCAGCUGAGAUGACGGAGAACAGAAGUGGAGUCCCCUUCACUGACAGGAACCUUUCCUUCUGUUAUAAAGUGAAUUAUUUAAUGAGUUUUCUGACUUGUGAUGAAGCUGUCAAGACUCUGCUGUGUGUCAGGUGACACUAUUCAGCCUGAACAUCAGGACCACUUGAACUGAGAUCUCGGUCCAGAGCAACGGUUCUGUGGACCCUGAACAGGACCUGAGAAGUUGGGAUGAAGUAUGGUAAGGGUGGUCGUAAUGUUCUGGCUGACCGUACACUGGAGAGACUUCGUCAUAAUGGACACGGACAUUAAGAAAAGCAAAAACCCACUAAAUAUUUUUGUAUGUUCAUCCUGGAUGACCUUCAGGACCCGUCUGGGAGACCAAAAAAGGUGUCGGACCAGGUCUCUGUGGCUCAGAGUGUUAGAAGUUUCUGACAAUAAAGUCAUGUUGAAAAAAC